AUGCAAAUAUCAAAUAGUAGAACAGCAGAAUAUACAGGUUUUCAUCCUGACACAAUAAUUAUAUUCCAAACAAAUGACUCAAGAAAUGAAUUAAAUCUAAAUUACAAAAGAAAAAAAUGGAAUAAAAGGAAAAGAAAAUUACUGAUAAGAAGAUGGACAAUGAAAGGGAGAGGAGAGAAGAGGGAAAGGGAAGGAAGGACUAUACGAACUUCCAUGAAGAGAAGAGAAGAGGAGGAUAUGUCAAGGUUUCAUGAUAAUAACUGUCCCACAACGUUUAUUGACUGCAACGUUUUGUCCGGGCAAUUGCUCGCUCGAUCGAUCGACAAUAAUCAAAGUUCAUCGAUGUGA